UCAGUGCUUUACGGGAUCAUUUUCAACUUCAACUGGGGAUGUCCCAAAGAUCCAAAUUAGCAAGGAUCAUAUAUUAAGGACGGGCUUUGGUUAGCCAAUUUCUGACGUAAAAGCAGGAUGCCAGUAUACAUCAGAAAAGGGCCUGCAGAUAUCCCCGAGCCCCCCGACAGCGGCCACGGUGAUGACGAGGAGGAGUUGUUCCUGAGUGACCCUGAUCAACUCCAGGACCAGCUCCCCCAGCCGUUCAGAAUGAUAGACAAGGUCCUGGACAGACUUGUAGACAGGGCAUGGGACUUCAUCUCACAGAGAGAAACUGUCAGGGUCACAGAGCAAGCUAUUAAAACUAUACCCAUUAUGCAGGUCUCAGGGGACGUAAAGCUCCCUGUGAGGACCAACUGCGUGGCCUGCUCUGAGGAUGGCAGGUACAUCUUCCUGGGUCACCCCCACGGCCUGUCUGUUAUGGCUCAGCCCCAGGGUAUCACCACCUCCUCCUCUUCCUCUCCCUACUGUGUGCCAGUAUGGCAGGAGGACCAGGUAGAGAUCACCUCUCUUCAGAUCACCUGUCUGGGGGAGAUGGUCUACCUGCUGGCAUCCCUGGAUGAUAUGGGUGUUGCCAGACUGUUUGCUUAUUACUCAGAAACCAGCCACCUGAUAAAAGUCAUGAAUGAAACAGAUGACCUCAACCAGAGAAGUGUCUGUGUGAAGUUUGAACUGUCCAGAGGAGGAGACUACGGAGCUGCCACCAUCAGCUGUAAUGGUUGUCAGUGUUUAGAGGUGUACAGAUUCCCUAAAGACUCCUGGCUGAAAGAGCUGUCCCAGCAUGCACCUGGAGUAGGAGAUACAGGCAAACUGUCUCCUGUCGCCAUGCUGAUGAAGAUCAAACCACCUAAACCUCACACAGGCUCUACCAUGAAGAGUCCAUUUGAGGUGUUGCAGAAGACCGAGGAUGGCAAUGUGAUUGGCUCAGGACAGAACCACAUGAUCAGCAGUCGCCAAUGGGAGGACCAGGACGCUGUGUUUAAGUCUGUAUACAGGAAGUACAUGGUUACUAACCCCAGCAACACUACAGACCCAGAGGACAGACCCAGCUGUGUGACCAGUCACUUCCUGCUUCCUGGAGGUCUGUUUCCUGUCCUGGGAGGAGUUAAGCCUCAGACAGGAGUGGCUGUAGCUGUGUGUCUGUGGUGGAGUGGCAGACACAAUCUGCUGCACUACUUACUGUGUAAAGCUCCCAGAGACAAACCAGACCCGGAGCCCAAGCCUGAUGCGUUGUGGCCUAAUGCCCAGGAGAUCCUGUGUUCUGCUGUUAGCAGCUGUACUAGACACAUAACUCUGGGACUGGUUACUGGACUGGUCACUGUCUGGGACAGACACUUAGGUCUUCCUCUGUCUGUUGUCUCAGUGGAAGCAGACUGCGUGUUCAGCAGCAUAAUAUUUGUGGAUUACUGGCCUAGUACGGCUACUGAGGAUGCCCUACACAGCCAGGGUCCGAACCACAGCAGCACACAGGUCCAUCUACUGGUCACCUGUAAGAGUGGAGCAUGUCAUCUAGUCCACGCAGGAAGAGGACUGGACUCUCAUAAUGUCACACAACUAUCAGAAAGACCAUCAGAUCCAGGCUGUUUCCCUGUGGUGACUGCUGCUGUUCCGUUCCUCCAGCGCCUGGCUCUGAUCAUGCAGAGGAAUGGGAAGAUCCUCCUCCAAGACAUGGUAGACAGGAGAGUAGUGUGCUGCUUCUCCCUCCCAGACACUCAUCUCCUGGCCAAUCCCUGGAAUCCUGUGUUUCUACUGGACCCCACGCAGCAGUCUCUGCUCAUACCAGGUGAUCAGUGUCCCGGUCCUGGCAGUGGGGAGGAGGGGGAGGACAGAGGGAGUCGACUCUUUGUGUUCCGUCUCCGAGAUGCUGCUGUCGUCAAGCCGUACAGACACGAAUAUGUCGGCAGAGCAUCAUCACCCCAGGGCCAAUCAGGGACAGGCACCUCUAACUUGGAGGAAACAUGCAACCUCUAUUUCCAACAAAGGGUUCAAUCUGUGGAGGAGAGAAACAAAGUCAUGACUGAGACAUGGAACCAGCUCCAAGAGCAUGCCGCCAUGGUGCUCUAACAGAACCAGCUCCAAGAGCAUGCCGCCAUGGUGCUCUAA